GCGAGGCCACGCCUACGCCGCCGGCCGCCAUGGACGCUUCCGCCUCCACUGCACGCCGCCUACGGGCCUUCAAGCGGUGGAUGCGGGACCACGGCGUCGUCUGCAGCGACGCGCUCCUCCUCGACGUCUCCGAGGCCGCCGCCGGUGGCGGCGGCGUCUAUGUGCGCGCGCUCGCCGCGCUUAAGGAGGGGGACCUCGUGGCCACCAUUCCGCGUGGUGCGUGCCUGACCCCGCGCACGUCCGGCGCCGCCGGGGCCAUCGAGGCCGCCGAGCUCGGUGGGCCCCUCGCGCUCGCCGUCGCCGUCAUGUACGAGCGCGCGCGCGGCGCCGAGUCACCGUGGGAUGCAUACCUGCGCCUUAUCCCCGACCGUGAACCCGUUCCGCUCAUCUGGCCCGCCGACGAGGCCGAGCGCCUCCUCGCCGGCACUGAGCUCGAUAAGAUAGUGAAGCAAGACAGGCAAUUCAUUUGUGAGGACUGGAAAGAGUGUAUUGAGCCACUCAUUUUGUCAGGAGAACUUGAGGUUGGCCCAGAUGAUUUUAGCCUGGAGAAUUAUUUCUCUGCUAAGAGUCUUCUUUCGUCAAGGUCCUUCCGAAUAGAUAGCUAUCAUGGGUCUGGAAUGGUACCCCUGGCUGACCUUUUUAACCACAAGACUGGUGGUGAACAUGUCCAUUUCACUUCAGCGAUAGAAACCUCAGACUCAGAUAGUGAAGAUGGCGAAGAUCCAAGCAACACUUCUAGUGAUGAACAGUCAACUAUAGAAAAUUCUGCUGAUAUCCCUUCAGGAGGUGAUGAAGAUUUGGAAAUGAUUGUUGUGAGAGGUGUCAAUGCAGGGGAGGAGGUUUUUAACACAUAUGGUACCAUGGGAAAUGCUGCUUUGCUUCAUCGAUAUGGCUUCACAGAGAUUGACAACCCAUACGACAUUGUCAACAUUGACCUAGCUCUGGUUACUAAGUGGUGCUCAACCAAGUACUCCCGUCGAUACUCAAAAGCAAGGGUAUCACUCUGGCAUAAUCUGGGUUAUUCAAGCUGCACUGGCCAAGAUGCUGACUACUUUGAGAUUUCAUAUGAUGGAGAGCCCCAGCUUGAACUUUUGAUCCUCCUUUAUGUCAUCUCCUUGAAGUCUGAUGCUUAUGACAAGCUGGCCAGCGUGGCUCAUGAUCUGAUUGGUGACGAUGAGGUUGACAGCAUUAGUAGUGUGGUUAAGGUGGUCAGAGUAACAAGCCACAAGCAACAUCCAGAAAUUAACGGGCUUGAAAAACUAUCUGAUGUGAAGAAGCUAUUGCUUAAGGAGAACGUUUGUUCUGCACUUGCAUCCCUUGCUGACAUGAGGGAGAGCCUCUAUGGUUCAGACACUUUAGAAGAUGACAGGCAAAAAUUGCAGGCAUGCUCUUCUGUUAAUGAAAGGAAUCUCUACCAUUCUUUGGUACUGCGGGUGAGCGAGAGAACAAUUCUUCAUAAAUUGAAGAAAUAUUCUUCUAGCUGGUCAAGGACCAAGAAGAGGAAACAUCUCUAGCUUUUUGGGGUAAUGACCUGGUACUCAGCAUAGCCAGGCUUUAAAAUUUUCCAGAACCCAGCUGCAGAGCUGCUUGUAGAUUUUGCUUUAGCGACUAACAAGCAGCUGUAUUCUUUUCCCAUUUUAGAUUGGGUAGAUUCUUAAAAUGGUAUAUCACCAACUGAAUUUACAUGAGAAAUUUGUUGUUUUGCUAAGCUAUGAGCUUUUGUUGCAUGCCAGUUCUUUCAGAAAUUGACAAUAUUUUGGAUUCAUUUCAAGUUGUCACUAGUACACAAUCGUGCAAGUCUGCAACAAUGUCUGCCUCAGCUUUAGUUAUUUGUGGUGAUAUAUUGCAUUGACGUGGAACCUCCACAGUUAUGCUAUUGCAGUAGCAGUCGCCGACAUGUAACUGAUUUAAGCCUAAAUCCACCCAUGUACCUGUC